CUGUGCUCCCUCCCUCCCCGUCCUCGUCGCCAACCCCGUGAGAGCGCAGCCAUGGCCCCGACCUACGAGCAACCGCGCGCCGACCUCGACGUGACCCUCCCUCCUCGACCCUUCCUCGCCCCUCACGCACGCGUCUACCCUCCAAACCUCGUCCACAACAACCAGAGCCUGUACUACGUCAAGAGCACGACCGCCUGCCUCGCAGGCGCCCUCGCCGGCAUCCUCGGCCUCACCAACCUCGCCGGCUUUGCCCUGUUCCUCGCGACGAGCGUCUCGGUCGGCGGCGCCUACAGCCUCGCCCAGUGCGGCGCCAACCCUCAGCGCUUCUUCGUCAAGCCGAGCGAGCCCCUCCUCGCCGGCACGCUCGGCAACUGCUUCUCGUUCAUCCUGUUCUGGACUCUCUUCUACUCGCUCGUCUACAUCUACGACUGAGCGUGUCGGCGUCGACAUGUGGUUCGAGCGCCCGAGCCAGCCGAGGACGACAAACUUGGAUCCUCGGCUCUUCCACGUCACGCCCGGCCUCGAGACGACGAGGCCGUGUCGGGUCGACCUGACGGCGCCCGCUCUCGCGAG